CAUGGCGUGGGACAUAAAGAGAUUCACACGCAUGCUACUGGAAUGCAACAGCAAUGACAAACUGUGUGUUGUGCGUGAACAUCAGACUGAAGUGAUUGUUGUCCCAGUUCUUCUUGUGGGUGUUUUUGUCAUUGUGCUAACUGUGAUCCUUUGGCUCCACUGUCGAGGCUUACGAGCAAAGCAGGAGCAAUCAUCAUCUUCUGGACACCAAGUGCAUGACAAGACUCAGGAAUCCAACUCGACAGAGAACCACUACAUCCAGCUGAAUAAGACAUCCAUGGAGAGCCUGCUAAAUUCUGCAUCCUUGGCUCUGAAAGAACUGGAGACACCACGAGAGAAACUCUCACCAGGGACCUUGCAGCUGGUAAAACAUGGCCACUAUGGAAGCAUCUACAGAGCACAGCUGGAAACUGAGCACCCUGGCAAGACUAAGACUGUAGUAUUGAAAGCCUUAAAAGACCUGGCUAAUCCCCAGGAAGUAAAGAAUUUCCUGGGAAGGAUUAAAUUCCAUAACAAUCUUGGUCAUCACAAGAACCUGGUUGAAUUGGUUGGAUGCUGUGUAGACCAGGUCCCACUUUAUAUGAUCAUGGAAGAUAUGUCUCUUGGUGACCUCUUGACAUUUCUAUGGACAUGUCGGAAGGAUGUAGUGACGAUGGAUGGUGUCCCCUAUGACCUCACUGAGAGGCAAGUCUAUGAAGUUGGGCUGCAGGUUGCAGCAGCUCUGACUUACCUUGAACAGAAGAAGUUGUUCCAUGGUGACAUUGCUGCCAGGAAUGUCCUCCUCCAUCACAACUUCACUGCUAAGCUCGGUGGUUUGGGUUUGGCCUAUGAAACUCACACAUACGGUGCCAACUUAGUGAGACGCACGGUGCCAGUAAAGUGGCAGGCACCAGAGCAGCUCCUGAAGAAAACCCCCAGCACAAAGGCAGACAUAUGGUCUUUUGGAAUUCUACUGUAUGAAAUGGUUACAUUAGGUGCUCCACCAUAUCCUGAGGUACCACCUUCUGACAUUUUAUCACAUCUGCAGAGACGGAACAUUAUGAAGAAGCCCUCAAGCUGCCAGCAAGCCAUGUAUGACAUCAUGGAGUCCUGCUGGCAGUGGAAUGCAGCUAACCGGCCUUCUCCAGCAGACCUCAUCUGCUCCCUACAAACAGCUAUGAAGACCAGCAAUGACUAUGCAGUACUGCAGGUGCCAGAGCUAGUGGUGCCUGAACUCUAUGCUAGGGUUGCUGGUGUUGAUGUGCACAGUCUAGUGAGGGAAUAUACUGUACUCUGA